ACUAUAUUUAGAUUUUUAUGUAAAAAGAAGGGAAAGGAAAAAAAGAGGGAAAAAACAGAACCCCCUCAAAAGAAAAAAAAAAAUAAAAUGGCGCCAUGCGCAACGUUUCGGCCAUGAUGCUCAAGUUCUUAUGGCAAUCUCCGGCAGAAAUAAUCGAUUCUUACCUCGCCUGCAAGCCGUCUUCUUAAAUUUAAAGAGACGGAAUUGUACUUUGUCGGGGGAAGGAAAGGAGAAAUCUCAGUCUCAUGGACGGUUCGCUUCUGUUGCCCGAGCCAACGAAAGUCUCUUUGAUAAUUCAACAUGGAGAGCAUUCGAUUCCAGGAGUUUCGGGAUAUCCAGGCCCAUGAUUCCAUCAUCUACAUGGACAGUUCUGAAAAUUCUUCAACGCAAAGGUUUUGAAGCCUAUCUAGUGGGUGGAUGUGUGAGGGACUUGGUCCUAAGAAGAACACCAAAAGAUUUUGAUGUGAUUACCACGGCUAAACUUAAACAGAUAAAGAAGCAAUUUAAUCGUGCCUGGAUCGUUGGAAGGAGAUUUCCUAUAUGCUUGGUGAAUAUUCACGGUUCUGUGAUUGAGGUAUCUAGUUUUGAAACAGUGGCUGAGCGUGCCAAAGAGGAGGAAAUGAUUUUUCUCCCUCAAAUGUUUACCAAUUGUGAUAAAAAAGAUUAUGUUCGUUGGAGGGACUGCCUGCAUCGGGACUUCACUAUUAAUAGUUUAUUCUUUGACCCGUUUGUAAGUCAAAUCUAUGAUUAUGCUGAUGGAUUGAAGGAUUUAAAAACCGGCAAGGUCCGAACUGUUAUCCCAGCUCAACUGUCAUUUAAGGAGGAUUGCGCUAGAAUUUUGCGGGGAAUAAGAAUUGCGGCACGACUUGGUUUGUCGUUUUCUGAGGAGACUGCAGAGGCAAUACAAAAUCUUGGUUCAUCCAUUUUGAGUUUGGACAAGCAAAGGUUAAUGAUGGAAUUGAACUUUAUGCUGUCAUAUGGAGCUGCUGAGUCUUCUUUCAUUUUGCUUUGGAGGUUCAAACUUCUUGGUAUUCUGCUUCCUGUUCAUGCGGCAUAUCUAGCUCAACAAGCUGAUAAUCAAUCUGCUCAAAAUUCAGUCAUGCUUAUGAAAUUGUUUUUCAAUGUGGAUAAAUUAUUGGCCUGUGAUCGUCCUUCUGAUUGCAGUCUGUGGAUUGGAUUGUUAGCGUUUCACCUGGCACUAGUAGACAAGCCUCAAGAUGCUCUUGUAGUUUGGGCUUUUUGCUCUGUUUUGUACCACGGGAGCUGGAAAGAAGCAGUGAAGUGCGCAAGAGAAAAUGCUUUAGAACACGUUCAGUUUAAACCUGAGAUUUUACAGGAUUGUAUUACUAAAUCAGAUCAAACACUUGCAGAAGAAGUCAGUCAUUUAGCAUCACUAGUUCAAUCUUCUGUGGAUUCUUUGACUGAUCCAGAGUGUCUUCUCAAAUCAAUGGCCAGAUACCCUCUUUUCCCAUGUUCUGGUUUGGUAUUCAUUUCCAAGAGGAUGGGUGAGGUUGUUGCUGGAAUUUUUGAUGUCCUAUUGAAUGAUGUUGAAUCUUAUAAGAAUGAACGGGAGAACUUUGAGGUCCACUGCGAGAUGCUCGGGAGGGGAGAUUGGAAUGAGAUCAGAUUUGUUCUAGGGAAAGUCAUCAUGGAAACAAUGAGUAGUGGGAUCACCCAAAAACAUCAGCCAAGGGCCAUUAAUGAUGAACAUUGUAUACUACUUACUAGCAUUAAACAACAACAACAGUCUGUGGAAGAAAAAUGGCUUUCAACACUUACUGGUCUAGAAGAGCAGUCGCCUGUGGCAAAGGAGAAAGAGCAACACUUUCUUUUGGUUGGUGAGAAGGGAGAAUGCUGUCAGCGGGUUGUCAAAGAGACAGAAAAUCAUUCUCAAGAGGUGUCAAAGAAAAAGCGUAUUAUGAAGGCCAUCAAGGAGGAGAUAUGCUCUCAGGACGCAGUCAAAGAGAAGGCAAAAAAACACCAUCAGGAGGUCGUCAAGGAGAAAAAUAAACGUAAAUACAUAGAGGCCGUCAAGGAGGAAAAUAUAUAUACUGUAGAGGUAGUCAAGAAGCAGCAGAAAUACCAUCAGGAGGCUUCCAAGAAGCAAAAACUUUGUCAAGAGGCAACUUGGAGGGAAGUACACCAACAAGAGGUGGUCAAGGCAAAGGCUGAUCACCAUCCAGAGUCGGCCAAGGAUAAAAAGGAAAAAGACCAGUCACAUUUAUAUGGCCUUGAAAAACAGCAGGGGAAACAGUGUCAGCCUCUUUCUAGUCUGUUCAGGUGAGCAAUGAUCUUGUAUGGAUUUUGUUGUAAAUUAUUGUGCUCUCCUCUUAACAUGAAAUUAGGCAUUUAAAUUUUGCAUCUUAUUGAUACAUGAGCAAAUUUAUAG